AGCUCACGUCCACGAGGAGAGGAAGGCGAAUUAUGCUGACGGUGCGCUCGCUUUCGGCUCUCUCUCCCCUCGGAACAACCCCAAGUUACUAAUUCUUCUUCCUUUUAUUAAUAUAUUUUCAACCGAAAAAGGAAAAAAGGAAAGAUACGAAAGAAGUAUUUGAUUUCCCAGUUUACCCCUGUUGCUUCUCUUAAUUUUCUCUAACGUCCGUCCCUGGAAGCUCAGUCAUCUUUUUCUUCUAGUGUACCGAUCUGGAGUAAUUCAGAAGAAUUCAAGUGAGCACAAAAAAUGCUUUGUAGAAUGGUGCUAAUGCCCCGAAAGAAGAAAGUCGGGUCUGUUCCGGUUUACUUGAAUGUCUAUGACUUGACGCCAAUCAAUGGCUACGCUUAUUGGUUUGGCCUUGGGAUCUAUCAUUCUGGGGUUCAAGUUCAUGGAGUUGAAUAUGGUUUCGGAGCCCAUGAGCAUUCGACAACGGGAAUUUUUGAAGUGGAACCGAGGCAGUGUCCCGGUUUCACGUUUAGGAAAUCUAUUUUGGUUGGAAGGACGGAUUUAGGUCCAAAAGACGUCCGUGCAUUUAUGGAGAAGCUUGCUAGAGAGUACUCUGGAAACACAUACCAUCUUAUCACUAAGAACUGCAACCAUUUUUGCAAUGAUGUGUGUAUCCAAUUGACAGGGAAGCCAAUUCCACGCUGGGUUAAUCGUCUUGCUAGAUUGGGUUUCCUUUGCAACUGUGUUCUCCCAGCAGGGUUGAAUGAGACAAAGGUUCGCCAAGUUAGAACAGAAGGUAAGGUUCAAGAGGUAGCGAAGAAGAAGUUGAGAAGCCAAUCAAGUAGGUUUGUAUCUUCUUCUAAUCCUCUACCUCCUUCAUUGACAUCUUGUCCUCCAGGCUCUGCAAUGAGUAGUAGACAAAGGCGAUGUAUUCCUUCAUCAUCAUCUUUGAUUCAUACUUCUUCAACCUCAAGUUUGAGCUUGAAGCUUUGAGAAAGUUGGACUUAUGGUACAGUUUAAGGUUAUUAAGGUUUGAAAGUCAAGAGUAGAUGAGGUUAACAACUGCAAAUCUUCUCUUCUACCCCCGGUUUUUACUUGGUUUAGCUGACCUUUUUUGAUGGGUGUCGAAACAGCCGCUUGGAAAAAUCAUGCAGCGUUUCUGUUUUCUGUCAUAUGCAUUCCUUUUUUCAGUUGAAUGAAAAUAUCUAUGGUUUUUCACA